CACAGAUUGUUUAAAGAUCCAGUUCUCUGAUAUCAGACGUCACAGUCUGACCAUCAUGGUGUGGAUUUGGCCAAAUAUCAUUCUGAUGUGUCUUUGAAUUGUUUAAUUUUUUAAGUGUGUGUAGAACAUAAAGGUACAAAGCUGAACAUUUUCCUGACAUGUCCACUGGCCACUGGUUACAGGAGAAACAUGUCAUGCUGCAUUAUGGCCACAAGGUGGAGCCAAAAUAAAACAAAUUACUGAAGCCUGCGCCUCUCCUCUUUCACGCACUGGUUAAAAGCUGAUACCAUCUGACUUUUAGGUUCACGCUGGAUUCUUGGUGUUAUCUUAUCUUGUCAUCUUGAACGUGAGUGACUUGAAUGCGUCAAAGUGGUGACAAUUUAUUCUCUUCUCUCUACAUCACUGUUUAAACCUAUUACUUUUUUCUGGGGGUUAUUUCUAAUCACAAAAAUCCCGACGCUGCCCAAAGGCGGCAGCAGCAGCAGAAACUGCCCCUCACCGCAGAGAGGGACUGAAAACAGUGCAUCACUCUCCUCCGGUGGGUGGGCGUAUUUUUCUUCUCCACACCGUGUCACUGCUCUGUCCGGUCACUCUGAUCCGGACUGACGGAGACUCGGAGACGCUGCGCGCUGGAAAUUAUGCCCCAUUCAUCUUUUUGAGUUUUAACUGAGAAGGACUGCAAGAUGCUGCUGCUGCCGCUGCUCACCUUACUGAUAAGCGCCAGUGCGAGUGUACUGGGAGAACUGGAAGAUGAUAUUGAUUCGGACUUAGCAGACUUUGAUUUAGACAUUGCACCGCGCAGGGUCCCACGACAGGUGAAAACUAUACUGACCAAGGAGACCAAACCUCACGUCCAGGAACUCUCCAUCAAGACCACCAUCAUCUCCCGCUAUGCCUUCACCGCGGUGUACUGCGCCAUGCUCAACCGGCACUCCGCCGCUACCGAGGGCGUCUUCCAGUUUCAGAUCCCCGCCGGAGCUUACGUCUCCAACUUCACCAUGAUCAUUGGAGGGCGCGUCUACCAGAGCGAGGUCAGGCCGAAGGAGAAGAGGGUCAAACAGGAGAACGGCAAAGCAAAAAACAAAGAGUCAGGUGACGCAAGUCCCGAGCCAGAAGUGGAGGUGUUCAGGAUGGCGGCCAGUAUACCGGGUAGGAACCGGGCCGUCUUCCUGCUCACCUACGAGGAGCUUCUGCAGCGCCGCCUGGGACGAUAUGAACACGUGACCAGCCUGAGGCCUCUGCAGCUGGUCAGCCGCCUCAGCCUGGACGUCACCAUCGUCGACCACUCCCCAGUCACGGACCUGGAGGUGCUGCCGCUCCGCAACAGCAGGAGCACCGGAGCAGGCAGCGCCUCCAACGUGCCUAAUGCACCCAGGAUACCAGCCAAGCCCGAGCUUCCCAUCACCACUGUGAUCAAAAACGAAAAGAACGUCUGCAAGAUCACCUUCAGCCCCAACAUCGUGCAACAGGCCAAGAUCGCGACCAACGGCAUCCUGGGAGACUUUGUGAUCCGCUAUGACGUCCAAAGAGACAUGGGGAUAGGAGACAUUCAGGUUCUAAACGGCCAUUUUGUCCACUACUUUGCUCCCAAAGACCUGCCGGUCGUACCCAAGAACGUGGUGUUUGUGAUCGACACCAGCGCCUCCAUGCUGGGGACUAAGAUCAGACAGACUAAAGAUGCUCUGUUCACCAUUCUGAGGGACCUGCGUCCCGGCGAUCACUUCAACUUCAUCAGCUUCUCCAAUAAGGUCAAAGUGUGGCAGCCAAACCGUCUCGUUCCAGUCACACCUCUUUCUGUCAGAGACGCCAAGAAGUUUAUAUACAUGCUGGGGCCCACAGGAGGCACGAACAUCGAUGGUGCCAUCCAGACUGGCUCCUCUCUGCUUCGAGAUUACCUCCUGGGCCCCGACGCCAGCCCAAACAGCGUGUCCCUCAUCAUCUUCUUGACGGACGGGCGACCGACUGUCGGGGAGGUGCAGUCCACGGCGAUCCUGGGGAACACCCGCUCAGCCGUGCAGGAGAAGUUCUGCAUCUUCACCAUCGGGAUUGGAAACGAUGUGGAUUAUCGGCUGCUGGAACGCAUGGCCCUGGAAAACUGUGGGAUGAUGAGACGCAUCCACGAGGAGGCCGACGCCAGCGCUAUGCUCAAAGGGUUCUAUGAUGAGAUAGGAACCCCUCUGCUGUCCGACAUAAGGAUCAACUACACAGAGGACUCCGUCCAGUACGUCACUCAGCAUCUGUUCACCAACUACUUCAACGGCUCUGAGAUCGUAAUCGCUGGAAAGCUCACAAACCAAAGCGCAGAAUCUCUUCACGUCCAGGUCACCGCCAGCAACAAUGACAGGAGCAUCAUCCUGGAGACAGACGUGCCCCUGCGGCACCGACAAACUGAGACAGAGAAGCAUGUGAAAGCAGCUACAGCAGCAAUGGCGGCCGGCGCUAAAGCUCCGGGGUCAGGGGGCGCGCAAGGAUUAGGGGUCGCUCUGAGCUCAGUGGCAGAGGACUUUGUGGAACGUGUCUGGGGUUUCCUGAGUGUCAAGGAGGGGCUGCGGUCGCGGCUGCGCAGCCAAACCAGCAAGGAGAGGGAAGGCCACACUCAUCAGGCCACUAACCUCUCCCUGACAUACCACUUCCUCACUCCCCUCACCAACCUGGUGGUGGAGAAGCCUGAGGUCCUGGCUGAUGGCACCAUGGCUCCAGCGCCCACCAUCACCCCCUCAGCUGGCGACUCUGUCUCGACGGCCAAUGAGCUGCCGAGUGACACGGAGGACAGAAAGCCACAGAAACCCGACGGGAAGCCAGGCAGCCAGACUUCAUCUCUGAGCAACACAGUUGGUAAAGCUGAACGGAGACCAGCCAAGAAAUCCAUCACCAUCUCCAAAACAUCAGCGGACGGUGACCCUCACUUUGUGGUGGAGUUCCCCCUCAGUAAACUGACCGUGUGCUUCAACAUCAACGGUGAGCCAGGACACAUCCUUCGCCUGGUCUCUGACCACAAGUACUCCGGUGUGACGGUGAACGGUAAACUCAUCGGCGCCCCAGCUCCACCAGGCAGCCACAAGCAGCAGCGAACCUACUUCAGCACCAUCACCAUCGUAGUGGAUCAGCCCAAACGUGCCUACAUCGAGGUGACCCCAAAGAAAGUCAUCCUGGACGGUCGAGACCGCAUGGUUCUGCCCUGCCACUCCACUGUUGCAGUGGACAGCGGUGCACUGUCAGUGUCCAUCGUGGGAAAGUCCAACGUGACUGUGACGGUCGGAGGGAGCAUCAGCUUUGUGAUCUUGCUGCAUCAGUACAAGAACCCAGCUCCCUACCAGAGAGACCAUCUGGGGUUCUACAUCGGUAACAGCAAGGGGCUGUCCCACAACUGCCAUGGUCUGCUGGGUCAGUUCCUGUAUGAGGAAGUGGGACUGGCAGAGCUUCCUGCACAGGGAGACAUGAAACCCUCUCCGGUCCUGAAGGUGAAGGACCGUUCGGUGCCGGUGGUUCAGAAGAGCCGGCGGAUCUACAGCGGGACACAGAGCGUGGACUGUUGGUUCGCCAGAAAUAACGCGGCCAAGCUGAUAGACGGACAGUAUGAGGACUAUUUGAUGUCACACAUGUUCGAUACAGGGGACUGGCCGCACGGUACUAACAGAGUGUGAGAUGACAGCCAUGAACUGUAAUGCGGCAUUUAAUUAUUUGACUUUAACUCCUUUUACCCUGUAUCCAUAAUGAGCACGUCACAAUAGAUCCAAACGGUCACAAACAUCAAAACUUCACAUUUUCUGUUCUCUUUACCACAGUCUUCUCUCUUGAAUAUAUUUUUUUACUAUUUCUAAUAGAAAUGUAAUGUUUUUUUAUUAUAUGAUAUGUAUUAUUGUUAA